CUCUCCCUCCCCCACUCCUUUUAAAUAUCACGUGACCAAUGCCGACCCAAUCGCGACGCGGGGCGGAGCCGUAGCGCGAGGCGGCGACGCGGAGCGGACAUGGCGCGUUUGGUGGCCGUUUGUCGGAACGGGGAGGACGGAUUCCCCUUCAAGAAACGGCAGAUUCCUCUCGCCAUUGACGAUACCCUCACGUUGGUGAUGGAGUUCCCGGACACGCUACUCAACGCGGAAGGUGGUCAAGUCAACAGCGCUCAGCUGAAGCAGUUCACGCAGCACUACGAGAUGCUGUCGGGGCAGGAGCUGGUGUGUGCGGUGCGCGUGCCGCCGCGCGAGCUGGUGGGCUGCCUCCCGGAGCAGGUGGCGUGCGUGGGCUGCCGCGGCAGCGUGGAGCGCCUCUUCUCCGCGCUGCUGGAGAGUGGCACACCGGCGCUGGAGCCUCUGCUGCUGGAGUCGUCGGGAGAGCUCGUGGUUUGCCACAGCUACUUGGCCGACGCACGGAAACUCUACUGCUUGUUCUAUCUGCACGGGGCGAAGCUGAAUGAUAUUCUGGAUUCCAUUCCUAAGAGCAAGAAGAACCGGCGCUGUCCUUUCCACUCUCUGGACACACACAAGGCAAAGCCGCUCGGUGGCAGCUGGACGGACGUGUGGGACCGCAUGUCGCAGGACUGCCGCGACGAGGUGGUGCUCAUCGACUCAGACUGCCUGCUGGAGACCCUGGAGACGCACUUGCGCAAGCACAGGUUCUGCGGUGAGUGCAAGACGAAGGUGCUGCGCGCCUACGCCAUUCUGACGGGCGAGGUGGACGGCAGCAAGGAGAAGGGCUACUGCGCGGGCCUCUACGAGGGCCUGCGUUCCUGCCCCCACGAGCGCCACGUUCACGUCUCCUGCGACACCACCUUCAUCAGCCACCUGCUGGGCCGCGCCGUCUCCGAGCUCGCUGGAGGGAGGAGAGAGCGCCACGCCAAGACGCUGGAUAGCGCGCAGGAGGAGGUGGUGACUUGCUUGGCUAUCCACCUGUACGAGCGGCUGCACCGCAUCUGGCAGCGGCUGCGCGCCGAAGAGCAGACCUGGCAGCUGCUCUUCCACCUCGGGGUGGACGCCCUGCGCAAGAGCUUCGAGGUGGCGGUGGAGCGCAAGCAGGGCGUGAGCCGCAUCGACAUGUUGUGCGAGGAGCUGUGGGAAGAGGAGCGGGCGCGCGAGCUGCGCCAGGAGAAGAAGCGGCAGAAACGGAGGAACCGGCGGAAGAACAAAUUCGGCUUGGAUGGGGCGGACGCCAGCACAGACCUGGCCGAGCCUGUCCAGGAGGAUGCCGACGGCUCGGACGACGGUGACGGAAUGAGCGAUGCAAUCCCAGCUCUUCCCGCGGCCAGCACCUCCCCGGCGCCGCUGGCCUCCGAGGUCGGCGACGGCGCGUGCAUGUGCCUUUUUGCCACGGACGGGCCCCAGGCCACCAACGGGCACGUGUUGGCCGACCACCGCAGCACAGAGGCGACUCUCCAAGGCACCUUCAAGGUGAACGGGAGCAGCGACUGCGGCUACUCGUCCAGCGCGGAGGGCAGCGAGCCGGGCUCCCAGGACGGCUCUGAGGGCAGUGGCCAGGGCGACGCCGCCGACCCUCGUAAAGACUUUGCGGGUUGGCUCAAGUCGCAGGGCAUGAGCGGGCGCAUAGCGGCCGCCAUCGACAAGGAACUCGGCAUCUCCAACUACGACAUCCUGCUCGCCUGCUCCGAGGAUGCCGAGGUGAAGGCCGACCUGCUCAAGGCAGCCAAAGAGAAGAUGCCCUUCGCAUUCUACGCCGUCCUGCGGCGCGUCGUCGAGAAGAUCUCCCCCACGCCAUCGCAGUCGCCCCCUCCGCAGUCUUCCCCACAGCAGCAGCAACAGCCACUGUCCGGUGCCGGCCGAAGCCCUGUGCUGUGCUCCUCCGUCCCGGCCGCCCCCUCGUCGUCCUCUUCCGCCGUGCAGGGCAAGGGCUCGCUCUUCUUCCCGCCGCCGUCGCUGGGGCCCGCGCUGGGGCCCGCGCUCGGUCUCUUCUCGGCGUCCAAGGUGCCUGUGGUGGGCGGCGCGACUUUCCCCCUGCCGCGUGUGGCUGCGGCGGCUCAGGCGUCGGCCUCUGGAGCGGGCAAGCCGGUGGAUGGAGCCUUAAAGACGCUGGGCUUCUCGAGCCUCCUGCAGUCGGCGCAGAAGCUGCGCGAGCUGGAGAAGGUGCUGCUGGAUGCCACGCAGCCCAAAGCGGGCGGCGAUGCCGGCGGUGGAGCUGGGGCUUCGGCGGGAAACGGUGUGCGGCAGGACAAGAGCAUCGCCGAGCUGCUGCAGUCGGCGCUGAACCUGAGCGAGCUGGCGGACGGUCGGGAGGCGCGUGCCACCGUGAGCACGGACGCGGCCGGCUUCACCAGCCUCAAGCAGAACAAGGAGCUGACGGAGCUCAUCGAAUCUGCCAAGAGGCUGAGCAACAUGUACAUCUCGGAGGCGGGCAAGGAGAAGGCAGAAGCGGCCAAGGGGGCGAGGCACCAGGACGGAAGCGUCUCCGCCUCGUCCGGCCUGGCGUCCGUCCUCUCGGAGGCGCCCAAGAGCGGGAAGGCAGCCGUGAACGGCCUGAAACCGGACCAGAGGCUCGCCAACCUGGUGCAGGCCGUGCAGAAGUCCUCGGCGGCCUUCGGCGGUGGCCAGGAUGGGGGCAAGGAACGGAAGGGAGCGACGGCGGAUAGCAGGACCCCGCUUAUGCAGCAUUCGGCCGCCAGUGAGACAGGUUGCCGUGUGGAUGGCGGCGGCGGCGUUGAGAAGGCGCCGGCGGGGUGCUGCCCCGAAUGCACCGCAAAGUCGGCGCUGCCCCUGGCUGCCGAGACGCUGCCCGACGGCGGCAAGAAGAAGAAGAAAAAGAAAAAAAACCAGGGGCAGCAAGCAGACGAGCCGGACGACGUGGGUGCCGCCACCGUGUGCGCACAGCUGAAGCUUGGGGUGUGCGUGAGGUGCGACGGCUGCGGCGCCGUGGGCCACCGCCCGCCCGACAAGGGAAUCCCGCUGCUCGCUGCCGCCAUCGCCCAGCAGCCCGAGCUGAAGAAAGCACAAGCGGCGCAGACGGAAAUCAAGCAGCCGGCGCAGAAGCAGGCCGAUGCCAAGCAAGGGGCGAAGAAGCAGGUGGAAGCGAAACAACAGCCGCUGGCCAAGCAGCCCGACGCAAAGCACAAACAGCCGGAUGCCAAGCAGCCCGCGCAAAGGCAGCCGGAAGCGAAACAGCCUGGCCAGAGGCCUCCGGAUGGAAAACAGCCCGCUCAGAAACAGCCGGAUGGAAAACAGGCGGCUCAGAAGCAGCAGGAAGUCAAACAGCCGCCUCAAAAACAGCCGGAUGGAAAACAGCCGGCUCAAAAACAUCUGGAUGGAAAACAGCCGGCUCAAAAGCAAGAAAUCAAACAGCCGGCUCAUAAACAACCUGAUGUCAAACAGGGGUCUCAGAAGCAACAGGACGCCAAACAGCCGCUUCAGAAGCAACAGGACGGCAAACAGGCAGCAGUACAAAAAUCUAACGGCGUGCAGAAAGCAAACGAUCAAAGGGUGGCACAGCAAGGAACACGGGCGCAGCAGCAGAAGGUUCAGCAGCAGCAGUUGAAGAAGGGCGGGCAGAAGCGUGGGGGUAAGCAGCCAACAGGGGGCGAGGAGAAGCAGGACCCUGCCCGGAGCCUCGCUGACAUGCUGCGUGACGCGGCUGAUGAUGCAGAUGACGUCACCAAGCGCUGCCCAUCUUCACCUCCCGUCCAGCGGCGCACGUGGGAAGAGGAUGACAGUGACGACUGUUUCCCGGACGCGGAAUCGUUCAUCUCGCCAGACGAGAUCCGCUCGUUCAAGGCGAGCCACCGCGCCUUCUACGUGCAGCGCGACCAGUACCGGCAGCAGCUGCAGGAGCGCUUCAACCAGUACUGCAACGCGCACAACGGGCCCUGCGAUCAGCGCUGUUGCAAUGGCAAGUGGCUGGCCACCGCCGGCGUCAAGUAGAGCUGCUGCUGUCGGUGGGGGCGUCGAAAUGGCGGGGAGAGGAGAGGAGCGGUGCGGG